AUGUCAGCACCGCCGCUCCCAGCAGGCGUGGAUGUGUCGGGAGACUCUCUUCUCUCAAUUAGCCAAGUUCACGCUCUCAUCAUAACGGAACGAGUCAAUUCAGUCAUAUCUAUACUCUCCAUCAUCUUCGUCGUGACAACAUACCUCUUCUCCUCAGGCUUCAACAAACCCAUCAACCGGCUGAUCUUCUUUGCCAGUUUCGGAAAUCUGGGUUCUGCAGUGGCCGCUUUGAUAUCAGAGAAUGGUCCUAUGAUCGGCGAGGACUCUGCAUUAUGCAAGUUCCAGGCCUUUCUUGUGCAAAUGUUUCUAGGAGUGGACUGUUAUUGGGCCUUGUCGUUUGUAUUUAUCUUCAUCAGCACCAAUGCGCGAGGACCGGUGUAUGGUCCAGCCAUCAUCUGGUGUUGGGUCAAUAUAGAAUGGGAUUUCCUGCGUUUUGUAUUUUUAUAUGCCAUCGUUUGGAUUGCCAUACUGCUCGCCAUCGUAAUCUAUGCUGCCGCAGCAAAAGUCAUCUGGGACAAACGCGAACACCUGGACGGCUUCCUGAACCCUAUGAAUGAAAACCCCUUUAUCAACACCGUCACCACCGAAGUGACAAUCACCACUGAGGAACGUCCCAUUGUUGAGAACAGCAAAUACGAUCACGAUACAGUCCGAACAAUCGAAGAGUCCGCAACACCAGGAGUCGAUAACCCGUAUUCAGUGAAUAUUCAAGUCAGUCAACAGACUGACAUCAUCCGACCACUACCGUCGGCUCUGAGGAUGAGGAGUCUUACUCGCCAGAUUGCGAAACACGAGACGAACGCCGAGGCAUGGCUCUAUGCUCGCGUUGCAUUUUUGUUCUUUAUUGCGUUGCUGAUUACUUGGAUACCCAGCAGCGCCAACAGAAUCUACGCCAGCAUAUACCCAUCCGCCACAAACUUCGGCCUCAAUUACGCCGCCUCCUUCGUCUUCCCCCUGCAAGCCUUUUGGAACACAAUCGUCUACAUAAUCACUUCCCAAUCUGCCUGCCGGGAGCUCUUCCGAUUCUCUUCCUCAUCCAAACACUCAAUCAACCGCAAAUCAAUACCCUCCCCAUCCCCAUCACAAGUAAAACUGACCCGACGACCACAAAAAGAUCCCAUGGGCCGACCUCGCAGAUUAGGCUCAAAUGAGCAGAUGCAAAUGUCGUCGGGCUCGGCGGAUUCGGUGUCGAAGAUUAUUGAUGAGCAGGAAUUGCAGACGCUAGAUAGGUCGAGGUGGAGUAAUGAGUCGACGGAUCGGAAGGAAUUGGCUAGGUAA